AUGCAGAAAAUGAAAGAAAUGAUAAACAGGCAACAGAGAGAGAAAUCAGGCAAGUGUCAUAACUGUGGUAGGCUCGGGCACUAUCAGAGCAACUGCAGGGCCAAGAAGGAGGAGGUGGUGAGAACACCUUUAAUAUUAAUAAAAGAAAACAUUACGUGUCUUAUAAUGAUAAAAAUAAUACUCGGAGGAGCAAGAAAGGGCAAGAGCACACAGACGCAGAAGAGGGCCAAGAGAAGGCAGAGAAGGAAGAAAAGCAAGGGAGUGAAGAGAUCAAAGAAGAGCAGGAAAAGGAGAGAGAGAUCAAAGAAGAUAAGGGAAAGGAAGGAAGAACGGAAAGGAAAUAGAGGAAAGGAAAUAGAGGAAAGGAAGGAAGAAGAAGAAUCAAGGGAAGAAGAAAUGAAGAGAAAGAAAGCAAAACGAACACAAACAGCUGACAAACUAUCCGUAAACAGUUGGGAGGGUCCAAAGAAAACAGAGAAACAAGGAAGAGAAUAA